GCCAAGCUGGGAGGAAAGAAGAAAGGGAGGGGAGGGGAGAAUCGAGGACGGCAGGCCUAGCCAGGCCAAGAAUGCAAUUGCCCCGGUGGUGGGAGCCGGGAGACCCUUGUGCUUGGACGGGACAGGGUCGGGGGACACGCAGGAUGAGCCCCGCGACCACUGGCACCUUCUUGCUGACAGCUUUUUUAUUAAGCUGUGCUGAUGGCAUAAAUGGAACAGUUAACUGGAAGACCAAACAGGCCAACAGUUUUAUUAUCAGCAGAAAAAUGACUGCUGGGAAGAAAGAUGUGUACACUAUUUUCUCGAAAGUGCACUCUGAUCGGAAUGUGUACCCAUCUGCAGGUGUCCUCUUUGUUCAUGUUUUGGAAAGAGAAUAUUUUAAGGGGGAAUUUCCGCCUUACCCAAAACCUGGCGAAAUUAGUAAUGAUCCCAUAACAUUUAACACAAAUUUAAUGGGUUACCCAGACCGACCUGGAUGGCUUCGAUAUAUCCAAAGGACACCAUAUAGUGAUGGAGUCCUGUAUGGGUCUCCAACAGCUGAAAAUGUGGGGAAACCAACAAUCAUUGAGAUAACUGCCUACAAUAGGCGUACCUUUGAGACUGCAAGGCAUAAUUUGAUAAUUAAUAUAAUGUCAGCGGAAGACUUCCCGUUACCGUAUCAAGCAGAAUUCUUCAUUAAAAAUAUGAAUGUAGAAGAAAUGUUGGCCAGCGAGGUUCUUGGAGACUUUCUCGGGGCCGUGAAAAACGUGUGGCAGCCAGAGCGUCUGAACGCCAUAAACAUCACGUCGGCCCUAGACAGGGGCGGCAGGGUUCCGCUUCCAAUUAAUGACAUGAAGGAGGGCGUUUAUGUCAUGGUUGGUGCCGAUGUCCCAUUUUCGUCUUGUUUACGAGAAGUUGAAAAUCCUCAGAAUCAAUUGAGAUGCAGUCAAGAAAUGGAACCUGUAAUAACAUGUGAUAAAAAAUUUCGUACUCAAUUUUACAUUGACUGGUGCAAAAUUUCAUUGGUUGAUAAAACAAAGCAAGUGUCCACCUAUCAGGAAGUGAUUCGUGGAGAGGGGAUUUUGCCUGAUGGUGGAGAGUACAAACCCCCUUCUGAUUCUUUGAAAAGCAGAGACUAUUACACGGAUUUCCUAAUUACACUGGCUGUGCCCUCGGCAGUAGCAUUGGUCCUUUUUCUAAUACUUGCUUAUAUUAUGUGCUGCCGACGGGAAGGAGUGGAAAAGAGAAACAUGCAAACACCAGACAUCCAACUGGUCCAUCAUAGUGCUAUUCAGAAAUCUACCAAAGAACUUCGUGACAUGUCCAAGAAUAGAGAGAUAGCGUGGCCCCUGUCAACGCUUCCUGUGUUUCACCCUGUGACGGGGGAACUCAUCCGUCCCCUCCACGCAGACAGUUAUGAAAGCACUAAUAUGCCUUUGAUGCAAACGCAGCAGAACUUGCCACAUCAGACUCAGAUUCCCCAACAGCAGACUACAGGUAAAUGGUAUCCCUGAAGAAAGGAAACUGACCGAAGCAAUGAAUUUGUAAUCAGACAAUAGAGCCGUUCUCUCUUACUUCUCUCUUCCAAUAAUGCAUGAGCUUUCCUGGCAUUUGUUGUGCAUGUCGACAGUAUUAAGUAUGUACCAAAUGAUACAGUAUAACUUUCAUUUUACUAAUGCAUUUUUUUUGUACUUAAAGCAUUUUUGACAAUUUGUAAAACAUUGAUGACUUUAUAUUUGUUACAAUAAAAAGUGAUCUUUAAAAUAAAUAUUAUUAAUGAAGCCUAA